AUGGUGAAGCGCAAGAGAACCGACGCCCCCAAGGAGGACAAGGCCGCUGGAAGCCCUCCCAAGACAACCAAGUCCGCCCCAACCCCAUCCGAAACAUCUGAUGCGGCUCUCACUGUCCAAGUGAUCACCGGUUCUUAUGAGCGGGUGCUCCAUGGCUUCACGGCCGGCAUCCCAGCUUCCCAUCUCAAAGCAAAGAGCGACGCCGAGCUCUCCAAGAUUGAUUGCGCGGACACCUUCCUGUUUGAGGCCCAUGGAUCUGCAAUUCGUUGCCUGGCUCUGUCGCCACUACCCAAAGCCACCGAUUCUCCCGAGGCCCAAAAGGUGAUCCUUGCUAGCGGUAGCACCGACGAGCGUAUCAACCUUUACUCCAUCUCUGCAGCACCCCCUGCUGUCAGCGAUGAGUACCCCUCUGUGCCCACUCUUGCCGGAAACAAGAUCCUUGAGAACCCCCGGAACCGUGAGCUCGGAUCAUUGCUGCACCACACUGCCAGCAUCACCUCUUUGAGCUUCCCCUCGCGGAGCAAGCUGAUUGCUGCUGGUGAAGACAACACAAUCUCCAUCUCCAAGACUCGUGACUGGAGCGUUGUAUCAUCCAUCAAGGCGCCAAACCCCAAGGUCCAAGGACGGCCUAGUGGUGACACAGCACCCCCUGGGGCUGCCCCGUCCGGUGUCAACCAUUUCGCGGUGCACCCCAGUAUGAAGCUGAUGCUGAGCAUUGGGCGAGGAGAGAAGUGCAUGAGAUUGUGGAACCUGGUCACAGGAAGAAAAGCUGGUGUGUUGAACUUCACCAGAGAGAUGCUCCAGGGUGUCAAGGAAUCAAGGUGGAGCACUGGAGAAGGCCGACGUAUCGCAUGGGACUCUGAGGGAGAGGAGUUCGCUGUUGCUUUUGAAUGGGGUGCCGUUAUCUUUGGUAUCGACUCGGUCCCAAGAUGUAGACUGAUCCCAGGGCCCAGGAGCAAGCUCCACCAAAUGAAAUACGUUUCUCUGCCAGUGAAGGGUGGCGAGAAGGAAGACUUCCUCGCCGUCUCCACAGAGGAUGGUCGGGUGAUUUUCUAUUCCACCAAAGAACUGAAGACUGAUGAAGACGACACCGACUGCUCUAUUCCCCACGCUACCCCUGUCGCUCAGCUCGGUGGAAAGCAAGCUGGCUUCCCGGGUCGCAUCAAGGACUUCGAGGUCCUGAGCCUUGAGGGACAAGCGAAGGAAUACCACAACGAUGUCUUGAUUGUCACUGGUAACAGUGAUGGUGUUGUGCGUGUAUGGAAGGCUACUGGAAAGGAGAUUUCCUCCGCAAAGAAAGACAAGGAAACCACUCAAGUCGGAAAACUCCUGACCACCGCUGAGACUGGCAACCGCAUUACUUGUAUGGCUGCCUUUGUCAUGCUGCCCGCCGAAGAUCCCUCGACCCUGAUUGACUCUGGAGACGAUGACUCGGAGGAAGAUGAAGCUGAGUCGUCUAGUGAUAGCGACGAUGAGUAG